AUGAAGAUCUCCACCAACAUUGCACUUGUCCUCGCCUUUCUUACCACAUCUAUCUCAGCUAACCCCUCCGCUGAGACUCGCGUUGUGACUGUUCAGCUCGCCAAUGACCAGUCCGGUGCCAAUGCUGAUGUGACCAUUCCAGCAAAUGGUGUCAAACAUACCAUCGAAUCACUCUGGGGCAAAACAGCAGUUGCGCAGAAAGGCGUUGUUUAUGCGUCAAGCGCCCAGCUCACAGCAUUCCAGCAGAGUACUUCCUGCAGGAUUUUCGGGCCAGGUGUAGAUGUGACACUGAAUGCAAUGCACACUUGGUCGUGGUUGAGCGGUGGCAAGGUGGUGGAUUUGCAGGCAGCUUCCUUGGUCUGCAAAGACACAUGA